AUGGAUUCAUUCAUGUUGCAAGAGUUCCAGAGCAAUGUCACAUGCAGCAUUUGCUGCCAGUAUUUCCUGGAUCCUGUCACAAUGGAGUGUGGCCACAGCUUUUGCCGACCCUGCAUCUACUUGAGCUGGGAAGAAGGCUCAUCGCCACUCUGCUGCCCAGAGUGUAGGCAGAAGUCAGAGAAGACAAACUUCAAAACCAACAUAAGACUUCAGAAACUGGCCACUGCUGCCAGGAUGGACAGAAUGAGGCAGGUCCCCAGCUCACAUGGGCAGGUCUGUGGUGCACACAGCGACGCCACAGGACUACUGGGUGACUUGGACGAGAACCUAUGCUGUGAGUCUGCCUCUGAAUCUUCCAAAGCCAACGGACAUGGCCACAGCCAGCUGCAGUUUGCUGCUGAGGAAUCCAGGGAGUAUGUGUCCCUAAGGGAGGAGAUGAUCAAGGCACAGUAUCAGAAGAUGCAUAUGCUUCUUCAUGAGGAAGAAGAGCUGCACCUGCAGAGACUGCACAGCGAAGCACGGCAGCUUUUGAAGCAGCUCCAGGAGAGUAAAUCGAAAAUGAUCCAACACAUAGAUUGCGUGAAAGAAAAAUACAAAGAGCUGGUUGAAAUGUGCCACAAGCCUGACACGGAGUUACUGCAGAAUGUGAAGACAGAAUUGGAAAGAGCAGAGCUCAUACGGAGAUACAGGCCCCAGCCAGUGGACCCUGUACUGACUUCUUGGAGCAUCAGUGGACUUCAACAGAUGCUGAAUAAUUUCAGAGUGUCUAAUGGUUUGAAACAGAAUGUGGCGAGUCGCUACUUACACCUUUCUGAGGAUCUCAGAUAUCACAUAUUUGGAGAACACCGUGAUGCUCCCAGUCAAGGCCCAAGAGCACAGAGUUUUGUUGCAUGGGGUGCACCGACCUUCCGCUCUGGCAAGCAUUACUUCGAGGUGGAUGUAUCGCACUCCUCCAACUGGAUUCUAGGACUCUGUAGUGAUUCCAGCAUAGAUGAGCCCGAUACCAUUAUUAACACAGAUGGUGCAUUUUUCCUUUAUUCCAUGAAUUGUGAUGAUGGUCACAUCUUCUGCACCAGUAAUCCAAGAGUACAUCACUAUGUGGAGAGGCCUGUGGGUCUGGUUGGGGUGUUUCUUGAUUGUGAAUAUGGAAUGGUGAGCUUCUAUGAUGUUUCCCAAAGCUCCCUCAUACAUUGUUUCCCUCCAAACUCCUUCUCCUACCCUCUGAAGCCCUUCCUUUGCAUGGGCACUCCAUAA